AUGAACAGCUCCAACAACCGCGGCAGAGGCUCCCGAGGCAGGACUGGAGGAGCGGAUCGCGGUGGCAUCCGUAAACGACCCGCCACUCCUCGAGUUGAUCGAGAUGGAGACAUGGACAUGGCUGCCUCUGGUGCAAGUGCUGGGAAAGGCCGGAUAAGAAGUUCUCGUGGAGUUGCUCCGGGAAGAUCGUCAAGAAGACCAGGCGAGAAAGAAAAGACGAUCGAUGCUCUUCAAAAGGCCAUAUUCAGCAGCUCUUCCUCCCAGGCCAAUAUCAGACAUGGGCGUGGGAUUCCAGAUGGACCUCUGAGGCGGAAUCUAACCCAGAUCAAAGUAAGCGGGUGGAAAAACAGCAAAGCGGCAUCGAAUCCCGACGGUGGCGUUGUCAGUCUUGUUGCAUUUUUGGAGAAGAAAUCGGCGCCGCCCGACCAGAACGCUACGGCCCCUGGACGAUUCAAAAUUACAAAGUCGCGGGUUGAAGGCGACAGUAUGAUAAUAUCAGUUCGACCCGAGCAGGUGGAUGGAUUUUUACGAUUAAAUGGAUUUUCCUUUGCCGGAGCACCCCUUACAGUGGAGCUACUUGAUGGAGUAUCUAUGGCAAAUGCCCCUUCACAGUCGAGUCAAGGGCCAUCUCAAGCCGCGAUCGAUACGAAGGCUAAGAUGAGUGCUUUUCUCGCAAAGAGAUAUUCAGAGCCAGGAAAACUACUUGAUCUAUCAAAGUUGGGUACAGAUCCCGAUUUAGUGGAGAUGGGCAUGUUUAACAGCGUAUCAACGGAAUCGAAAUUUUUCCCGGCACUCAUGAAAGUGUGCGAGCUUACUUUCGACUCUGCUGCCAAAAGAAAGGCAGCGGUCGUCAGCGUCAGCUUAGCGCACAAUCAACUGCCAAGUCUUACUGCUGUCACUUCUCUUGCACAAACGUUCCCGGAUAUCAAAAACCUCGAUUUAUCGCAUAAUCAGUUCAAGGAUAUCACAAGUUUAAGUAGCUGGAGAUGGAAAUUUCGUGGCCUCGACUUUCUAGAUCUUACAGGAAACCCAGUAUGCUCAGAGCCAAGUUUUAAGGAAACCAUGAUAAAAUGGUAUCCUCAGCUUCGGACAUUGAACAAUGCGGCAGUUAGGACAGCCGAAGAAAUUGCGGCGCAGAAGAAGACUCCCAUCCCCGUGAUGGGCCCCAGUUUUCAGGACGAGGGUCAGAUUGCGGAAAAUUUUGUCAAGGCUUUCUUUGCCGGGUUCGACAACAACCGAAAUGAUCUUCUCAACGGGAUUUAUGAUGCGAAAUCUAUAUUUUCGUACAAUGUCAACACUGUGGCGCCACGGGCGGCACAGACGGAAUCAACACCUCCAUGGGACGCAUACAUUCGGAAAAGCAGGAAUCUCGUGAAAAUCAGCCACCUCCCGGCCCGUGUAUCACGCAGUUUUGUCGGUACUGAAAGCAUCCGCGAAGUAUGGAAUUCAUUCCCACAAACUAAACACCCAGAAAUUGUUUCCAACCCCAAGGAAUGGCUGAUAGAAUGUCACCCCAUUCCCGGUCUCCCUGAUAUCAACAACCAAAGUGCUACUGGUGUUGGCGGCCUUUUAAUUACAGUACACGGAAAAUUCGAAGAGAUAUAUCCUGGUGCCGGAACCAAAUCUCAAACCCGCAGUUUCGACCGGACAUUUGUCCUUGGGCCCGGAAAUGGCCUAGGGGGGCUUAGGGUUAGCAACGACAUGCUUUGCCUUCGAGUAUUUGGGGAUUGUACUGCAUGGAUUCCAGAGCAUGAACAAGCUACAGCUGCACCUGUACCCCAAGCUCCUCCACCGGUAGUGGUCACACCAGCUCAGCCUGCGGCCGUUCCGCAAAUAGCAACUCAGCAUCCAGAAGCAAAGCCGGGUUACGGAACACCUCAGCCGGGAAAGUCCGAGGAAGCUCUUAAACAAGAGCAGCUUAUACUGGAGAUAAGCUUCAAAACCAAGAUGACGCUGCAGUUCUCUGAAAUGGCUCUCAGUGGUAACAACUGGGAUAUGAAUUUGGCGUUAAAGAAUUUUGAAGAACUAAAGGCACAUGGAAACUUGCCCGCCAAUGCAUUUUUGCCAGGUGCAUGA